AUGGCAAAGAAGAAAGAAUCCAGUGCUGGUCGCUAUAAUGUAUCUGGUGAAGAAGUUGCACGUGAAUUUGACAUUUCUCUUCCAGAAUUAGAUGAAUUAAUAAAAACAAGAGGUCCUGAUGGUAUUAGAAAACUUAAUGAAAUGUAUGGUGGUCUUAAUGGUCUAGAACAAAAGCUCAAAACAAAUUUAAUAACUGAUUUAUCUAGUGAUGAAGCUGAUUUACGUCUACGUACAGCUGCAUUUGGUCGUAAUGAAAUUCCAUCAAAAUCACCAAAAAACUUUAUUCAUUUUAUGUUUGAUGCUUUGAAAGAUCAUACACGUAUUAUACUUAUUAUAUUGAGUAUCAUUUCAUUAGUUUUAUCAUUUUAUCCUUCAAGUAAAGAAACAUUUGAAGCAGAAAUAAACCUAAAUAGUACAGUAUAUCUAAUUCCAAUAAAACAUAUUGUUGUCGGCGAUAUAUGUCAAAUAAAAAAUGAUGAUUUAUUACCAGUUGAUGGUCUUGUUGUACAAUCACAUGAUCUCAAAGUUAAUGAAUCAUCAUUAAAUGGAGAAUCAGAUUUAAUUGAAAAACAUGAGUCAAGAGACCCAUUUCUUCUUUCAGGUACACAGAUUAUGGAAGGUAGUGGUAAAAUGUUAGUUACGGCUGUUGGUGGAAAUACUCAAGCGAGAAGCAUAUACAAAUUAUUAGACUUAAAUAGAGAAGAAAACAGUGAAUCGAAAAAGAACAUUUUCAAUACAAAAUAA